GUUGUUUUGGCAAGCAGAAGCAGAGGCUCAGGCAAUCGACACUCGACACUUGACACUUGACAUCCACCCAAAAUGUCGUCUCUUCUCGACGCCGUCAUUCGUUCAGACAACAAUCAGGAUCAAGACUCGCGCACACCGAUAGCUCGGCCUCGUGCGAGACCCCCAGGCCCACCAUCGGUGAGCACGCCAGGCCAGACACCCGGUCUGGGAAGUGAUGCUUUCGCCUUUGGUGACGACCAACUCGUCGGCGUGCGAGGCAGUCGAAGAGGUCCCCCUACUGCCGGACCAAGACCCGAGGUCGAACAGGUCAUGGACACGACUGCCGAACGACUGGCCCAAGAAUUCGAGCAUUUCCUGAACACCUUUACAGAGGAGCCCAUCUCAUCCGCCCUGGCUCCGGCUUCCAGUGCCGCCACCACAGACAAGUACUACGUCGAACAGAUCAAAGGCCUUGCCCGCUACUCGCUGUCCACCCUGUACGUCGACUACAGGCAUCUGGACGCUGCCAAGAAUGUCCUUGCCCACGCCAUCCAGGAGGACUUCUACCGCUAUCACCCCUACAUGAUUCGUGCCCUGCACAACGCAAUCGCCACCCACGCUCCUCGCUAUUUUCGUCAGCAUCGCCAACCGGGCGCAUCAGUCCCCACCUCGACCGACCCCUCGCUCGACAACCGCGAAGAUUCCAUCUCGGAUCAAACCACCAACCAGCAGACAGACAAGGUCUUCACUCUUGCUUUCUACAACCUCCCCUUGGUCUCGCGCGUCCGUCAAUUACGAACUAGCCAGAUCGGCUCCCUCUUGUCCAUCUCUGGCACAGUCACCCGCACAUCAGAAGUCCGCCCAGAACUGUCGCUAGCAACUUUCGUCUGCGAAGUCUGCAACACCCUCGUCCCCAAUGUCGAGCAAAUCUUCCGUUACUCGGAGCCCACACAAUGUCCAAAUCUGACUUGCGGCAAUCGUCAAGCCUGGCGCCUAGACAUCCGCCAGAGCACCUUUGUUGACUGGCAGAAGGUCCGCAUCCAAGAAAACAGUUCCGAGAUUCCCACCGGUAGCAUGCCCAGAACUAUGGAUGUCAUUUUGCGUGGUGAGAUGGUCGAUCGUGCAAAGGCUGGUGAAAAGUGUAUCUUCACCGGCACUCUCAUCGUUGUUCCUGACGUCAGUCAAUUCAGAGUGCCCGGUCAACGUCCUCAGGCCACUCGCGAUACCAGCUCGGCUCCAAGAGGCUCCGAGGCCGGUGGAAGCGGUGUUGGCGGUCUCAAGGCUUUGGGUGUGCGCGAGCUCACCUAUCGCAUGGCCUUCUUGGCCAACAUGGUCACACCUGACGCUUCUACCGCUGGCCAAGCCUCCACCCAACAGCUUAGAGGUCAAGCUACGAAUAUUAUGAGCUCAUUGAACCAGGCAAAGAAUGCCGAUAUGGACCACAUUGGUGAAGCCGCUCAAUCUGAGUACCUGGGUUCGCUUAGUCCAAAUGAGAUCAACGAGCUGAAGAACAUGGUUCACAGUCCCAACAUUUUCAUGCGCCUGGUAGACUCACUUGCACCCAUGAUCUAUGGUCAUACUGUGGUCAAAAAAGGUCUGCUUUUGCAACUGAUGGGCGGUGUGAGCAAGUCCACUGCCGAAGGCAUGGCUCUUCGUGGAGACAUCAAUAUUUGCAUUGUUGGAGACCCCAGUACUAGCAAGUCGCAAUUCCUCAAGUACAUUUGCUCUUUCAUCCCUCGAGCUGUCUACACUUCCGGGAAGGCUUCCUCUGCCGCUGGUUUGACUGCCGCUGUCGUCAAGGACGAGGAGACUGGGGAGUUCACAAUCGAAGCUGGUGCUCUAAUGCUUGCUGACAACGGAAUCUGCGCCAUUGAUGAAUUCGACAAGAUGGAUAUUGCUGAUCAAGUCGCCAUCCACGAAGCCAUGGAACAACAAACCAUCUCCAUCGCCAAAGCCGGUAUCCAGGCCACUUUGAACGCUCGUACCUCCAUCCUCGCCGCAGCUAACCCUGUAGGCGGUCGUUAUAACCGCAAAACCACUCUCAGAGCAAACAUCAACAUGAGUGCUCCUAUCAUGUCUCGUUUCGAUCUCUUCUUUGUCGUUCUCGACGAGUGUAACGAGGCUGUCGAUAAAAAGCUUGCACAACACAUUGUCAAUGUCCACCGCCUGCGCGAUGAUGCUGUCGAACCCGAAUUCAGCACCGAAACACUUCAACGUUACAUUCGUUUUGCACGUCUCUUCCAGCCAGUCUUUACCGAAGAGGCCAAGGCAACUUUGGUUGAGAGGUACAAGGAGUUGCGUGCCGACGAUUCACAGGGAGGUGUUGGUAAGAACUCUUACAGAAUCACCGUUAGACAGCUCGAAAGUAUGAUUCGUCUAAGCGAGGCCAUCGCAAAGGCAAACUGCAUCGACGAGAUCUCCCCCGAAUUCGUCAACGAGGCGUUCAGACUCCUGAGGCAAAGCAUCAUCAGUGUCGAGAAAGAUGACAUUGACAUUGAUGACGAGAACCUUGAUGAGAUAUUGGAGCAAGUCGCGCGAGAGGACGAGGAAGAUGCUAUGAUGGGUGAAGAUACGCCGGCGCCCAAAAGGGCAACUCUCACUAUGGCAGAAUACCGCGAGAUGGUCAACUUGCUGGUUGGCAGGAUCUGUGCUGACGAGAAAGAUGAUGAGGAUGGUGUUGAAGAGCAAGAUCUUGUAACUUGGUUCCUUGAGCAGAAGGAGUUGGACACAGACACAUUCGAGGGACAUUCCACCUUGGCAGAGAAAACAAGGAAAGUCCUGAAAAGGAUGGUCAGGGACAACAUUCUCUUACGCAUUCGCGGCGAAGGUCUCGCCGACGAAUCUGGCCAAGGUGCAGAGCAGGCCGAGAGGAUCUUUUACGUCGUACAUCCCAACUGUGAUGUUGAGGAGAUGGGUGUUCAUGAACAGUGAUUGAAUGAUGGUAUUUCUGGGAGUUGGCGUUCCGCCCCGGCGUUGGCUGAUUAAUGUAUGACGGGGCAGUGUCGAUAUGGACGACAGGCGUUCAGUGUUUAUUUGAAUGAGUACAUCAGACAUGUUAUCUCACAUUCAAUACCUUUGAGUCGUGGUUGUAGAGGCAUCAACCUCUCAAGUCCCAAGCUGUCGAACAGAAAUGCUACAGGAUUCUUGUCGAGAUAAUUUAUGACGGUUGUUCAGGUUCAUGUUCGUCGUUGCUAAUGAUAGACAUUGCACUAGCAUCAACCAUACCAUGCGCAUCGUUCUCAGGUUUAAACACAUCAUUUAUCUUUGAGUACGGUAUUACAAAAUC